AUGGCGGCCCCAAAAAUGACCAAGAACCAGAUGAGGAGAGCCAAAAAGAAGGAGCAGAAAAAAGUCAAGGCAGAGAUCGAAAGCAAGCCCGAGGAAGCUAUUGAAGAAUCCACAACGAAUGCGCAAACACACGAGAAGCCACAAGAUGCCCCCCAGCAAGAGCGCGGCGCUGUCGUCGAAGCCGACUCUCUCGAUGCGUACGACGAUGAUCCUGCAUUCGCCGCUUACAAAGCAAUCUUUACGAAAUUCAAUGUCAAUACUGGAGAUGAUGCCUCUAAGAACGAAACGAAGGAGCAAAAGGGCACAGUCUUGUACAACGACGAUGACGAUAUCCCCGACGAAGACCAACAACCAAAGCCGUCGAAGAAGAAGCGCAAGGCGCUUAACCAGGUUUCAGUGGCCCAGCUCAAGGCCCUCGCUGCCGUUCCGGAAGUAGUCGAGUGGCAGGACGUCUCCUCCACCGACCCACGAGUUUUGGUCCAGAUCAAGUCACAGCGCAACGUUGUCCCUGUACCGGCGCAUUGGUCUCUCAAGCGCGAAUACCUAUCAUCGAAGCGAGGCAUUGAAAAGUCGGCAUUCCGUCUACCUCAAUUCAUAGCAGAGACGGGGAUCGCCGAGAUGCGAGACGCGGUCCUAGAGAAGCAGGCCGAGCAGACGUUGAAGCAGAAGCAGCGCGAACGGGUUGCCCCCAAAAUGGGCAGGCUCGAUAUCGACUAUCAAAAACUCUACGAUGCGUUUUUCCGCUUUCAGACCAAGCCCGAGCUGACCCGUUUCGGUGAGGUCUACUACGAGGGCAAAGAAACAGAAGUCGACUACCAGCACUUCCGUCCCGGCGACCUGUCUGAAGCCACCAAAGAAGCCCUUGGCAUUCCUCCCGGCGCACCGCCUCCGUGGCUGGUUAGCCAGCAAAGAUACGGCCCACCUCCCUCAUAUCCUAAUCUGAAGAUACCUGGUCUCAAUGCGCCUCCGCCUCCCGGUGGUGCUUGGGGCUUCCACCCCGGAGGCUGGGGUAAGCCCCCUGUUGACGAAUUUAACCGUCCCCUAUACGGCGGCGAUGUUUUUGGCAUCACUGGUCAGCACGGCGCCCAACCGCAACCAGCUCAGCAGCAGGAACAGCCUGGCGUGCCUGUAGAACGCACAUUAUGGGGUGAGCUUCAACCUCGCGCUGAGGAGUCUGAAGAGGAGGAGGAAUCUGAAGAUGAAUCCGACGAGGAAGAGGGGGAUAAUAAUGAUGAGGGACAAGAGGCUAGUGGGCUUGAGACUCCAAGUGGCUUCGCCAGCACCCUCCAUGGUGAAUACCCACCGCAUGGCACAGAGACGUCCAUUGCUGGAGAGAUGGAUCUCCGCAAGGAGCGCCGUGGCUACGACACGGAAGAGUCGUCCGCGCCACGCUCCGCUUAUGCAGUCCUUCCCGAGCGACAGGUGCGCGCCGAGGGCUUCUUCGGCAGCGACCGCGCUUACGACAUGGCCGCGGCGCAGCAGCAGCAGCAGCAGCAGCAGCGCGCGGGUAUGCCCGUCCUAGGCGCCGAGGAUGACUCGCGCAAGCGCAAGAAGCCCGGCGACGUGGAUGUAGCCGUCGACGUGGACGCGCUCAACGAAGGCGGCGGCCUGAGCAAGGAGGAGCUGCGCCGGCGCUUCGAGGCGGGCACCCGCGAGGAGGGAGUCGGCGCUCAGUGGGCAGCUGGCCAUGACGACGACUUGGCAGAUAUGAUUGCCGAGGAAGGCCGGAAAAGGCAGCGGCUGGACAGGGAGCGGAUGGAGAAGAAGAAGGAAGGGAGGCGACACUAG